UGUAUGCACACGUGAACACACGGCGCCGAAAAGCGAAUAGGGGGUUGCCAUUUUGACCAUAGCCAAUACCUUUAAUUUGUUUCCACUGUCUGCAAUACAAUCAUUAUUCAAAACACUAUCAAUCGUUGUUACGUUGCAACAUGCCGUCGCUCAUGGACUCGCUCGAAUCCGGAUUGGACUUCAUAGAAUUCCUCGGAGAAAGGAAAUCGACUAUGUCGGAUAGAAAAGAACUUCGUGACAUUUACGAUUUAGAAUUCAAAUUCAGGGAAGGACUGAAAGACCCCCACUUUUCCAACGUUCUAUAUGCCCUGCUGAAAUUCAACAAAGUCCGCAUACGACAGGGGAAAUUAUACUUUAAUGUCAAACCCCAGGUCCGAGUGUACUACUGUGACCAGUGGAGGAGACCUUCAGUACGUCAACAACAGGACAAUAUCACACCUCAGGAAAAUGGAGGAGCCCCAGAGCCUUUCUCUCCUCUCACAUCCUCUUCCGCUACCCCUGUCGACACUGUGUUGACACCCAAGAAGAGGCUCGCUAAAGAAAUCCUCCAAAGCCUAAAGGUGAACAGGGCAGAGUUGACCUCUGACAAGGGCGGCAUUGAGAUCACUUCAGAUCCUGAGAUGACCAAUGGUAAAGUCACGUUCAACGUGGAGCGCCUGCAGGAAACGUUUGCAGUCAAGUUCUAUAUUUCUAACAACGGAGCGAGUUGUGUGUAUUUCACCUAUUACACAGCUCUGCACAGGAUCCGCUGUUUUACACUGAUGGACGAGAGAAGAGUGACUCGGGCCUGUCCGCUCUUCCUAUGUCCAGGGGAAAGCUAUGAUGUAGAGGUUCACUAUUGGCUGCAUCAUUAUGGCCAUUUCCCUGCCACCAUGUACUUUGAGUUCUGCACGGAGUCAAACCCUCCAGGCUCCUCUAAGCCCUUCUGCAUAGUGAGGGAGAUGGAGGCAUCAGCCAGGACUCACUUAGCUGUGGAGCUGGGGCCUUUCGCUCCCUUCAAGCCUUGUCAAGUGGCGCCAUACAAGCCUGUGGACACGGUGAUAGUUGAGGGAGAGCCCCCUGAAAGAUCUGUUGUCCAGCCUCUGAAAAUGCUAGUGAAACUCAGAGACUAUAAGUAUCCCUUUUAUCUGAAGGACCUGGCUAAACAGAGACUGGAGGACUCUGAGUACCUCUCACCUACAGCCAGACAGAAGCUCUCAUCGGUGAGAAACCUCCUUAAAUGCCCCCUGAAGAUGAGGAACUACCACCAUCGCUUCCACCUCCUGCUGCACCUGGAGGAGAUCCAGAUGGAGGUGGACAUCAAGAAAUAUGACCUCCAUCACCAAACCAUGACUCAGGACAGGGACAACAGAAGACUCCUGGUUCUACAAGUCCCGGGUGUGGCAGAGAAUAGGCCGUCUGUCCUUAGGGGAGACUGCCUGAAAGUGGCCAAGUCUGAGGACAAGGUCCAACCCAUCACAGUGUAUACAGGCUACGUUCAUAGAGUGGAGCUAGAAAGAGUCAAGCUGGGCUUCUCAAAGAGGCUGGUGCAGAGCUUCAUCAGUAACACAAGGUUUGACGUGGAGUUCACCAUCAACCGUUUCCCCUUGAAGCUGCAGCACCGGGCGGUGGACCUGGCAGAGAAGCACCAGAUGGACGAGGUGCUUUUCCCAUCGGGGUCUGGAGUCCGGACUACCCACAUGCCCAAACUCAGCAUGUUUAAUUGUCAGCUGGAGAACAACCCGGAACAACAUGCAGCCAUCCAGCGCAUCGUGUCUGGGGCCUCCAAGCCUGCUCCUUACCUGGUGUUUGGACCUCCAGGAACCGGCAAGACUAUCACUCUAGUUGAAGCCAUGAACCAGCUGAACAGAGUGGAUCCUCUGUGCCACAUUCUGGCAUGUGCCCCAUCUAACAGUGCAUCAGACCUGUUGUGUGAGAGGCUGCUGGGUCACAUGGACCCUCACUGUGUCUACCGUCUCUAUGCCAGCAGCAGACCCCUCAGCACGGUGCCCCAAAACCUCCUGAAACAUUGUAACUGGGAUGCGAGCCAGGACAGCUUUGUGUUUCCCACAAAGGAGGUUUUGAUGGGCUACAAGGUCAUCAUCACCACACUGGUGACAGCUGGACGGCUUGUGUCCGGCGGCAUCCCAGUCGGUCACUUCACCCAUGUGUUCAUAGAUGAGUCGGGUCAAGCAGUGGAGCCAGAGAGCAUCAUUGGGAUCGCAGGCCUGCUCCAUCCAGAGGAGGGCCAGCUGGUAUUGGCUGGAGACCCUCAGCAGCUAGGACCCAUUUUACGAUCCCCCCUGGCCAUGCAGUAUGGAAUGGGGAUUUCUUUGCUAGAGAGACUGAUGAAAGACAACCCACUGUAUCAGAAGGAUGGAGAAUUUGGACACUUUGACAGUCGCUUUGUGACCAAGCUCCUUCGCAACUACAGGUCCCACCCUGCUAUUCUGAAGAUUCCCAAUGAGCUCUUCUAUGAGAAGGAGCUGCAGGUGUUUGCAGACCAGUGGGAUCGUGAAACUUACUGCAACUGGGAGCAUCUGCCCAAGGAGGGGUUCCCACUGAUAUUCCAUGGAGUGUUGGGAAAGGAUGAGAGAGAAGGCAACAGUCCGUCCUUCUUCAACGUGUCAGAGAUUGAAGUCCUGGUGGACUACCUCACCAAGUUGAUGAAGACCCAGGGCAAGAAGGGCCUGCCCAAACUGUCCCCUAAAGACAUUGGCAUCAUUGCUCCCUAUAGGAAACAGGUUGAGAAAAUCCAAAAAGCUCUGAAUUUUGUCAAAGAGUUGAGUCAAUGGAAGGACAUCAAGGAGCUCAAGGUGGGUUCAGUAGAGGAGUUCCAGGGACAGGAGAGAAAGAUCAUCAUGGUCUCUACCGUCCGCAGCAGCAUCAACUACGUCAAGAUGGACCAAGACUUUAACAUUGGCUUCCUCACUAACGAGAAGAGGUUCAAUGUGGCCAUGACCAGAGCCAAGGCCCUGCUGAUAGUGGUGGGAAACCCUGUUAUCCUCAACAAGGACCCAACUUGGGAGCGGUUUAUCAGCUAUUGUGUGGAGGAGCAGGGGUACACUGGCUUCGACUUCACUGACGCUGAAGGAGAAGAAGAUGUAGUAACACGACUGGCUUCCCUUAAAAUCACGGUGGAGUCUUCCACAGGUCUGGCAGAGGAGAGUGACCUCUAGCAGUAUGUCCAUCCAGAGUGGAGGACUGAGUAGUAGCCCUCUGGACACCAGCAAAGCUGGGCAGGAGCUAGGGCUGUGGCGGUCAUGACAUUUUGUCAGCCGGUCUCAUGGUAAUUGACAGUUAAUUAACAUAAACAUGUUUAGCAUCUCCAGGCCUCCACGCAUAUAAGCCGCUGAUGCACGCCUUUGGAACAUCUACAUUUAAAAAAAGUCAAAUAAAUCCAUUUUAAUAUACACAAUCACAAUAAAUCCAUUAUUUAUUUUAGGCAGGUCUAAAGAAACAUGAUAUGAAGAUAAUUUGUUUUCAGAAGAACAGAAUAUGAGUUGAGAAUAUUUAUUUAUUUAACCUUUAUUUAACCAGGAAGGGCUCAUUGAGAUUUGAAAUCUCUUUUUCAAGAGCAUCCUGGCCAAGAUAGGCAGCACCAAGUCAUUACACAAAGACAGACAGACAACAUGAAAGACUACAAGUAAUCUAGUAAAAACCAUAGAAUUCAUAAGAGCAAAAUCAUAAAACAGAAAAUUAAAAACAUUGACAGGUCAGGGAAUCAGUCUCAAAAUCCUUCAUCAGUGAUUUAAAAGUAUUUUGUAAGGCGUUCCAAGCAGAUGGCGCAGAGUACAUAAAAGCCCUUUUACCAAAUUCAGUUCGGACAUUUCUAACAGUUAGCAGGAUAAAGUCCUGCGAACGAAGAGUACCCAACACAUUUCUGAACAAUAAAAAUGCCCAAAUAAAAUGGUAUUAAACCCAAAAUGGAUAUGUAAAUAAAAGUAUACCAGUGACUGAGCCUAUGAGUGACUAGAGAAGGCCAGCCAGCCCUGGUAUAUAAAGUGCAGUGGUGCGUAAGUGUUUUGCAGUUUAAAUAAAUCUCAAUGCGUCAUGGAAGCAUUCAUAUAUAAAAUAUCACCAUAGUCUAGUAAAGGCAUAAAUGUAGCCUCCUGGCUUCAAAAGAAAAAUAGGCCUUAUUCCUAAAAUAAAAUCCCAACUUCAGCUUAAUUUUUUUUGCAAGUUGUUGAAUAUGCAAUUUAAAAGAGAGGCCAUAAUCAAUUAAAAGUCUAAGAUAUUUAUAUGAGGUUACACUCUCAAUCUCAUUGCCCUGACAGGUAGUAAUAGGUGAAAGUUUCACAGAUCUAUUUCUUGCUUUAGAAAACACCAUUAGUUUAGUUUUGUCAGUAUUGAGGAUAAGCUUCAAUUGACACAAGGUAUGUUGAACAGUAUAAAAAGCAGUUUGCAAGUUCUGGAAAGCUUUUGUGAGAGACGAGGCACAACAAUAAAUAACAGUAUCAUCAGCAUAAAAGUGAAGUUACUCAUUUUUCAAAUGUUUGUCUAAAUUAAUUAUAGAAAGAGUGAAUAAGAGGGGACAAAGUACAGAGCCCUGGGGCACACCAUUACUCAUAUUAAAUUGUCUGUCUGUAUGUUAUCUGGCUAUAGGCUGUAGGCUUGUUCAUUUUGUAGACAAGAAAUGCCAUUAUUUUAUAUUAUAGGAUUUUAUAGUAAGAAGAAUAUAAUUGAACUUCGCUGAAUAAAACAGUAAGGAUAUUUUUCCCAUUUCGGAGCGAGUGUGCAUAUGAAGUGGCGAUGUUGAGCGUUAAAGUGAUAAUUUGAACAGGUCCUAUACAGUGCACUGUGAAAGUAUUCAGACCCCUUGACUUAUUCCACUUUUUGUUACGUUAUAGCCUUAUUCUAAAAUGGAUGAAAUUGUUUUUUUUCUCUCUCAUCAAUCUACACACAAUACCCCAUAAUGACAAAGCAUUGUUUUCAAAUGUAUUCAAAAUAAACAACUGAAUUAUCACAUUUACAUAAGUAUUCAGACCCUUU